CACUAUCAAAAUAUAAUAUGCCUGCCACACAUAAAAUUUAGCUACACCUGCUGUAAGAAAUGUUGAUUAGCCUUUCUGAUGAUUUGUGUCUCAAACGUUUCAUGCAUACACUGAACCUCCUUUAGUUAAUAUUGCUCACUAAGCAAUAUAUUAUUUUAAAGAAAAUACAGAAAAAUAUAUUUUUUUGUUUUGCAGACAUUGAAGUAGCUAUCCUCGUUUAGAGAUUUUUUUUCAUCCAAAGUUGCGAACAUGCACCUGAUCCUCCCAAGUGUGCUGGCGUCGACAAGGAGGGGAAUCAAAACAUUCUCCAUUUGGCUUUUCUAUUGUGACUAAGUGUGUCAAAAAUAAUAAUGGUAUUUUAAAAACAAUCCAACGUGUCUGGAAACUUCUACCAAAUCAUUGCGUCACUAAAAAUUCAAGUCUGAGAAGAGAGUAAAUCAAAAUUAAUUACAAGCACAGAACAAUAAAGUACUACCAUUAGUCACGAUUUGAAGAAGAGAUAGAUAUUCAACAUAACACAAAGAAACUAAAUAAAAAAAAACUGUUAAAGAAACAACAAACAGCAUUUGCGUAGACCACCUCUUUUUGUAGCUACGGUGUCGGUUUUACUGUAUUUUUACUGUAUAACUUUAUGAAGUCCGUUUUAUUAUCAAUAAAAAAGCGAAAAUUUGGACUUUGCUCAAUCUUUGACCUACAGACACAGUGACUACGUAUGACCACUAGAUGGCAGCACCAUUUAGAAACAGACAUUGGACGCAAAGGCGGAAGUAAGCAUCAUAGCUUGGUUGUCGCUUCUCUAACCGUUCAGAUAGUUCAGUAUGAUGCUCUCGCCUUAUCCGAGUUAACUCCCCGUUAAUUUCUCCAGAAUGGGAGACGAGGAGGAGCAGCAGCGCUCCUUGAUGUUUCUCCUGACCUACAUGUUGCUGAAGCGCAGGAGAGACAUAAACCACGCAGACAUUCAGAGGCGCGAUGAAAUCCAGAGGCGCAUCCGACAUCGACAGUACUUCUUCCAGAGACAGAGGAGGAUGCUCAUGAUGAUGAUAGCGGGAGGAAUGCGCUCCAACGUCCGCAUCCGCACCCGACCCUGGACAACCACUCCCCGCUCCGACUGGUGGGAGCGGGUUGUGAUGACGGAGUUCCAGCCCUCUGAUUGGCUGGACAAAUUCCGGAUGAGCCGGGAGACCUUCUUCUACCUGUGCGAGAAGCUGAGGCCCCGCCUGGCGCGCCAGGACACCAGCUUCCGGCUGGCGCUGCCGGUAGAGAAGCGCGUGGCUGUGGCCCUGUGGCGUCUCGCGUCCAACGUCGAGUACCGCACCAUAAGCUCCCUGUUCGGUGUGGGGAAGUCCACCGUGUGCAGGUGUGUCAGAGACAUGUGCCACGCCAUCGUGGCGCUCCUCAGCUCCACGUACCUGCGUCCCCCCACCGAGCAGGAGCUGGAGGAAUCGGCCCAGCUCUUCCACUCCUACCUGGGCUUUCCUCACUGCGUGGCUGCCAUCACAACGCUUCACACAGCCAUCAUCACCCCAUCGAGCAACGCGUCGGACUACGCCAACCCCGCUGGCUGGCUAUCUGUCCUGUCUCAGGUUGCCAUCAGCGGUCAAGGCUACUUCUGGGAUGUAUGUGCCAGUUUCCCCGGUGGGACCGAUCCAGCUGAGAUCUUACAGAACUCUGCUCUGUGGGCCACAGCUGCUGAGGGUGGACUGUCUCCUGCCCAAACGCCUGUCUUCAUGGGGAAACCGCUUAGGUAUGUGCUGCUGGGGGAGGCCUGCUACCCGCUCCAGAGCUGGCUCAUGAAGGCCUAUCCGGAGCAAAAGAGCCGACGGGGAUGUCGCACGGCGCUGCCGGAGCCUCAGCAGCUGUUCAACCGGCGCCUCGGCAGAGCGCUGCGCGCCUCGGAGGAGGCGCUGCUGAGACUCAGGGCGCGCUGGCAGUGCCUGAGUAAGAGGAACGACUGCGGGCUGGACGUGGUGCCCACCAUGAUGCUGGCCUGCUGCAUUCUGCACAACAUGUGCGAGUCCCACGGAGACGCCUUCAAAGCAGAGUGGCAGGUGGAGGUGUGUGAGGCAGAGAACCCCCAGCCCUGCCACAAAGCCCUGGCUCCUGCCAGCAUGGACCAAAGUGAUGCCGAGGAGGUCCGAGGCCUCUUCUGUGACUAUUUCCAACAGCAAAGAACCUGAGUUUAGCUGCCGAGAAAGCUUUCUCAACUGGCAUAUCAGUUUUGUCUUUGCAAAUAUAUAACCUACUGAACUUAUUCAUUCAAAGCAUAAACACUUUUUGAUGUUGAACACAGACAGGUGUGCGCUUUCAUCUUCUCUGUAAACAACAGCAUGUUGACUUGUCUGUCUGGUAUCAGUUCCUCCAUUAAGGCCAGUUCAGUCCAGUCUGUUUUCUUACGGAAAUGCAAAACCUAACCUGAAGAUGAUUUCUACCGCCAGAUAAACGCAGGUGCAUUAACGCAGUUACAAUACUGAUCCCUUUGAACUAUUGCACAUUUUGCCACAUGCAAAUUUCAAUGGAUUUUAUUUGGGAUUUUAUGUGGAAAUCUAAAAGACGUGCAUAUUUGUAAAACAAAAAAUAAUGUAUGAUUUUAUUUUUUUAAAGUGAGAAAUGAUGUAAUGGCUUUGUAUUCAUCCUCCCAGAGCUGGUGUUUUACAGAAUCACUUUUUUUUGUAUGUUGCUGGAAGCCAAUAGUGUCUCUACCAGCUUUGCACAUCUAAAGACUGACUCCCCCCUUCCCCCUCCGUUCUUAUUUGCAAAAUACCUCAAGAAUUCUUCAUUAUGACUGAAUGUUUAUGGUUGUUACGGUUGUUGAUGUUUUCCUUAUCUAGCCCGUCUGCUUGGUUGGACAACCUUGUUUUGGAACUUUAGCAGAUAUGGCAUCCUCUUCCCCUUUUCUUUUAUUAUGAAAUGUGAUCUAGGGCUGGGCAAUACGGCUAAAUUGUUGCAAGUUUUAUUGGUUAUUAUGAUCAAAUUUAGAAACGGUGAAGUGAGAGUUUUUUAAGCUUGAGAUGUUGUUUUAUAACCUAGCCCUGCUAUAAAUGUCUCAACUCUGUCCCUCACUUGCUGGUUUGUUCCUUGGUAUUUAUGAUGCCGUUUGCUCACCAAUAUUCUCCAACAAACCUCCAAGGCUCUCAUGUGGCAGCUGAAUUUAAACUGAGAAUAAAUGACAGAUGAC